AGGUUUCUAGAAUUGCGUUGCGUCGUAUUUUCACUUUGAGCUCGACGGUGACAGAGGAGAGAUUGCAAGAUUGGGCCAUACUGAGUCCCAUGUGCAUCAAGCGGAUGUGAUGUCCAAAGAUAAACAACAAAAAUAAUUAACUUCUGUUGCUUCAAACAAAAAUGGCUGAUCGUGGUUUUGGGAUUCGGACGCCAUCUUUAAUUGAGCAGCUGAGAGCAGUAUUAGACCAAUAUCCAGAUGAUGGGCAGAUUCUGAAGGAAUUAAUCCAGAAUGCUGAAGAUGCUGGAGCAAAAUCUGUGAAAUUUGUCAAUGACAGACGCCAGUUUCCUGCAGAGUCUUUGUAUCAACCAGAUUUGAAGAUAUUUCAGGGUCCAGCUCUGUAUGCCUACAAUGAUGCCGUUUUUGGUGAUGCUGACUGGGACAGAAUAGGAGCCAUCCACAAUAGUAGCAAGAAAGAUGAUCCACUAAAAGUUGGAAAAUUUGGUUUGGGGUUCAAGUCUGUCUUUCACAUGACAGAUUUACCAAGCGUAAUAAGUGGAGACAAGAUAGGAUUCCUAGAUCCACAUGAAAAAUUCUUUGGUCCCAGGGCGACAGGGAAGCAAUGGCAUCUUGAAAAUGAUAGGGAAGAAAUCACUUCUUUGCCUGAUCAGUUUGAACCAUUUGUGGGAAUUUUUGGUGGCCGUGACAUAACAUUCAAUGGUGGAGUUCAUAAGGGAACACUGUUUCGCUUUCCACUCAGGACAGGUUCACAAGAUCCCUCUCAAUUCUGUUCACAAUUGUCAGAGCAGAUAUAUGCAUCACAAAAAAUUGAUAGUUUGUUCAAAUCUUUCAUGACAUGUGCAUAUAUGAACCUUUUGUUUUUGUCAUCACUGGAAAGCAUUGAAUUGUAUGAAAGAACAGAAGGAAGUGAGAAACCAGAGUUAAUCUUCCAGUUGGAGAUAGAUAAAGACUGCAUCAAAGGUGUGAGAUCAAAGCGUGAAGAGUUUUUGUCAGAAAUUGCUAAGGUGCGACAAACCAAUGAGUGGCCAGAAAAACCAAUUCAGUCAACGUAUGAGCUCCAAUUCACAGAGACGACAUAUAUCCACCAAUCAGCUGCCUCCACACCUACCCCCUCAAAGAAGGCCAAAAAGUCUGUUGACAAAACUUCCAAGAUGACCAAAUGGAUGCUCACAAACCACUUUUCUGGAGGCCAAGUGAGUUCACAGUUACAAGAACUGGCAAAUGAUUCAAAACUGGGUUUCCUUCCGUGGGUGGCUGUUGCUAUGUGUUGUGGCACAAAGGACGAACCAUUUCAACAAGUCAAACAGAAGUCCCAACAACCGAACGGCCACUUCUUCUGUUUCCUACCACUCCCACUUGAAGAAAAAAGUGUGACUGGUCUACCAGUUCACAUCAGCGGGUUCUUUGCACUCAGCCAAAAUCGCAGACAGCUGAAAUGGCCCACUGCAGACCAAGAAAGGUCUGCCCUCACUGAUAAGGCACUUCUGUGGAACAUCUGCUUGGUGGAAGAAGCAGUUUCAGUGGCAUAUGCAGAACUCCUAAAUUGUGCCAUUCUCGAGGGCUUUUCACCAACAUGCAUUUAUAAUGCAAUGCCAGACUGCAGUUUAACUGAUCCCAAAUUUGAAAAAAUGGUCACACUUAUGUACAGAGUGACUCUAAGGAGGCAAUCAUUUUUUGGCCCAACAACUGACACCUCUUUCUCUGCCAGUAGAUGGCACAAUGCCAGUGAAGUCUUGUUCAAUGAUUUAAGCCCUAACAUAGACAAUGUUGAGGAUCUUGUGAGUGUUCUCAUGCAAAGUGGCGAAAGGAUUUGCACUGUCCCAUCACAUGUAGAAGAAGCAUUACAAAAGCAUGAAGUGAAAAUUUCUAAGAUUCAGCCAGGACAUGUGCGCACUGCUCUAAAGAAACCAAAUGUGUCAACCUGGGUAGACAGCCUCUCAUUUGUCAACAAGAUGUCUAUCCUGAAGUACAUCCUCUCUGAUUCAUCCUAUGGUGAUAUAAUUGGGAUCAAACUUUUGCCCCGAAGCGACCAAAUUGUUAGGUUCCAGUCCAGUGCAAGUGAUGCAGUGUAUAUUCCAACCAAGGAUCAUCCAAAAGAGCUUCUUCCCGGGCUGACCCACAGCUUAUUGGAGACUGAGAGAGUUCCAUCUGAGGUUGCCGCACACCUGGAAAAGAUGGCAACUUUAGGAUUAACCCAGUUGAAAAUUCUAGACAAGACUUCAAUGGCUGAAUUGAUCAGAAGACUCUUCGACCCCUGCAGAGACAACACCAAGGACUGGGAUCAACACACCACCAACCAUCCUACUCAUGGCUGGCUUCAGAUGGCGUGGGAGUACCUGACCCGUCAAUUCCCUGACAAUCUCUCCAGGUUUGAAGACUUGCACAUUCUUCUUGAUCUGGCUUCUUGUAGAAUUGUGAAGCUGAGUUCUGGCUUACCUGCCUUGAUAACUUGUUGGAAAGGGGGCAGACUUGAUGAUGGUUUAGCUAAGUGGCUUAAAGCUUUGGGGGUAAUUUUAUUUCAGAAUCUCCCCAAAUUUAUCGAAGAUCACCAUGCUGUUGUACCAAAAUACAUAAGUCCUCCAACACCUGAAGGUGUUUUACAGGCUCUUUCAAAUGUGCAGACCCAAACCAACUUAGAAAUGAUAAAAGAAUGGCCAUUGGCAGAGAAGGAUAAGCUCAGAAAGCUUGUCUCUGAAGCCUCAGCACAUGACAUAAAGUCACACAGGAAAUUGCUUAUGGAACUUCCAAUCUUUAUGUCGGUUGGUGGAACAGAAUAUUCUGAUCCUCAAAGUUCUGGCAACAGAGUUUCUCUCCAUGAAGCACCCUGGGUUUUACAUCAAAGUCCAAGCUUUUCAUUACGUUGGAAGUUUAUCGAAGCAUCAGGAACAGACUCUGAAAUGCUAGUUCAGCAAUUAGGAAUGAGAAUUUUGGACAUGAAUGACUUGCUAAGAGAAAUUGUGUUAGCAGACAUUGAGUGGUACCAGGAAAGCGGAGAGAUUGAUCUUUUGAUGAAGCAGGUACUGACCAUCAACAUGAAUGAAGAUGAAGAUAUAUAUCAGAAGGUGAGAGGCAUUCCUUUUGUUCCAAAUGAAUCAGGAGAGAGAUUUACAGCAAGCCAAUUGUUUGAUCACCAGGAUUCAGUUGUAUUUGAUCUCUUUCAUGGGGUAUGUGACAUCUUUCCAACUGGACAGUAUAAGGAUGAUCCACAAUUACAUGCAGCUCUGAAAAGGUUAGGAUUGAAGACAGAAAGAGAACAAAUAACAGCAGAGGACAUUUACAAGGCAGCUGAGUAUGUUCAAAACAUGUCUGCUGAGGGAUCGGCCAUGCAAAACUUUUUGAUUGAUAAAUCAGAAGCAAUUAUGACCAUUUUGAGAUCCAGACCAACUAUAUUAAAGCAUAGCCUAGAAAAUGGAAACACACUCUCAGGCAGUUUGAAAAGAACCAGGUUUAUCAAGGUCAAGCCAAGGCCAGAGAAUUAUCCCAAUUCUUUGCCUUGGUGUCCAUCAGAUUGCACCUUUUUAAGUCCAAGUGAGUUGUGCAGCAGUAUCUAUGAAAACAUGAUAGGUUCUGUGGAGCAUGUCUCUGAUGAGGUUGUGGAUGAAGAGAUCGCCAGGGAAUUUGGAUGGAAUGAAAGGCCCACUUUGUCAAAAGUCAUAGCCCAGUUAGAACAGGUAGUAAGCCAUUACACAAGCAGAGAAAAGGGUCUAUUUCUGCCAAUGAUUCUAGAUAUCUAUGGAGAAUUGUUUCAUCCAGUUAGGGGGGAUGUUCUCUACGUCAGCCUUAAAUCCAGCUCACAGAAAUGGAUCUGGAAUGGAGAUGGGUUUUCCUCAUCAAAAGAUGUUGUCCCUGGUAUUCCUCCGGAACUACAAGGGAUUCAGCUGCACCCUCAUUUGUUUGUCCUUCCAAGAGAAGUAGAGCAAUUCAGCGAACAAUUUUCCCAGUAUGGUGUGGAAUCAAAAGAUAAACUUGAAAUCAUUCUGCAGGUGCAAAGCAAUAUCCAAAUAAAAUACCAACAAGAAAGGGUCCAGUCUCAGAUAACCAACAGCAACGCUGCAGAUCUUGAUGCACAGAGAGAUCUUCAGACCAUUAUUGAUCUGUUGCACAUUGUUGAGUCAAUGGACCAGGUGACAAUAUCCCAACUGCAAAAUGAGCUCUUAGUGCCUGUUCAUAGUGACGACAAAUCUACCCUCAUCCUUAAGCUAGUCUCCCAGUGCACUUACUGUGAUAUGGAUUGGCUGCAGCAAGGGCAUGAUGUCACUGAUAUUAGUGAUGAAGAAACAGAAUCUAUCUUCUUUGUCCAUGAGCAUGUCUCAAUGCAAACUAGUGAAAAGUUAGGUGUGCCAACUCUUAUGAGUCGUAUUUUAGAUGUAGAAGAGUUGGACAUGAACUAUGGCCAGUCUGAGCCACUGACCUGUCGCCUUCACAAUCUGCUUAAGGAAGGUUACACAGAUGGGUUUUCUGUCCCAAAGGAACUUAUUCAAAAUGCUGAUGAUGCAGGAGCCCAAGAAGUGAAGUUUCUGUAUGACCAGAGAAGAAAUGAAGAUGCUCAGACAUGCUUGAUAGAUGAGGGAAUGCGAAGUUGCCAAGGACCUGCUCUCUGGGCCUAUAAUGAUGCUGUGUUCACAGAAGAAGAUUUCAAAAACCUUGUUAAGCUGGGGGCUGCAACCAAAGAAAAGAUGAGUGACAAAAUUGGCAAAUUUGGACUUGGGUUCAAUGCAGUCUACAAUCUAACUGAUGUUCCAAGUUUCAUUAGCAGUAACAGUAUAGCCAUCUUUGAUCCGCAUAUGAAACACUUGGGAAGAGCAGCAAGAUCAAAACCUGGAAUUAAGAUUAAUUUAAAAAACAGAAAAAAGCUUCAGAAGUUGAAGAACCAAUUCAAGCCUUUUAAUGGGAUUUUUGGCUGCAAUCUUGAUUCCACUGCCAAAUCUUGCAUAUUUAGCUACAAUGCAACAUUAUUUAGAUUUCCUCUACGAACAAAGGAACAAUCCUAUAAAAGUGAGAUCAGCGACGUGCAUUAUGAUGAAAAACAAGUGCAAUUGCUUCUUCAGAAAUUGGUCGAUUCAUCUUCAGAAGUUCUACUUUUUACUCAAAAUGUAAAGAAAAUAUCAAUUUAUCACCUCCCCAAGGAUGGAACCCCAUUAAUGAUGCAGUGUAUCUAUGAAACAACAAAGAACAUCUCAAAAGUGAUAAGAGGUUUGCAUUUGCCAGAGGUUCAGCAAACACAAAUUUUAAAAGCUUCAACCCAAGCCCUCCAAUCAGCAGAAUCAGCGCCAUCAAUUCCAAUGCCCAAAGACACUAAAAAUCAAACAGUGUCCCUUCUUCUUGAAAUGUCCUCCAAAAUGGAUGCAGGUAGUGUGAGUAUUAUCAAAACUGAGGAGAAGAAAGAUUUCUGGCUGGUUACGUCAUGUAUGGGAGACCUCACAUCAAAGAUGUUGACCAUGUGCCAGGGAUCUGGUCUUGUACCUACAGGUGGAGUGGCGGUGCAAUUGAAGGAGUGCAGUGUUGAAGGCAGCAUUAGAUAUACACCACUUUGUACUCAGAAGGGAACAUUCUUUUGUUAUCUCCCUCUUCCAAUUUCCAGUGGAUUCUCAUUCCAUGUCAACGGAAGUUUCUCUGUGGAGUCCAACCGCAAACAUUUAACUGAGAAAACAAUGGAUGAUAAAGUUUCAAAAGAAGCUGAAUGGAACCAAAUCAUCUUGAAGGAUGUCAUUCCCAAAGCACUUCUUUUUUGUCUUGAAGACUUGAGAGAAUUAACAUGUGGUACACCUUACAGCUUUAGCGAAUUGUGGCCAACCUGUGGGAGCACAUAUAAACCAGUAUGUGAGCCUCUUGUGCAGCAGUAUUAUGCCUCCUUAUUUUCCACAGAGGAACAGCAGGCGCCCGCUUUAUUUUCAAAUGGGAAAAUGUGGGAAAAUGUCCACAAUGUUGGUAUCCUCACAGAUGAUGUCAAGGGAUCAAAUAUAGUGACCCAUGCGGAAAGAAUAUUAGAAGAUUAUCUCCAGGAGAGGGGAAAAAUAUAUGUAAAAGUUCCCAGUGAGACCAUGAAAACCAUGUUGUUAUUUGCACCUGGAGAGAUUCAAGGAAAGAUCAUGUUUGACCUUCACAGGUUAUACAAUGAAGCAGUUUUCCCAAGCAUCAACACUCUUGAUGGAGAUGUCAGAGAUACUUUGAUACUUUAUGCAAUUGACCAAGAUGAUGAAGAUCUCAAUAAACUCUUGCAGAGAUACCCAUGCAUUCCUUCCACACCUCAUGGGGAGUUAAAGCAACCCUGUGCUCUCAUGCACCCAAAAAGCAGAGCUGCCUCAUUGUAUUAUGAGGAAGAUGGGAUUUUCAUCAAAGGAACCGAAAGGUCAUACCUGAACCCACGCCGCCUUCUGGUAUUGGAAAAACUUGGCAUCUUUGAAGACAUCAGCUGUGGGCAGAUUUUGGAGAGAGCCAAAAGUGUUGCUGGUCUCCAUCAAACAGAUAAUGCAAGAGGAGUAGAGAGAGGGAAAGAAAUAUUGCAGUACCUAGCCUGGAGGCUGAGUGGAAAAGAAGGUAGUAAAUUGGAAAGUGAACUCAGAGGCGUAUUAUGUGAAGUGCCAUUUCUUCCAGUUAAGCCCAAACCAGACGGUUACCCACUUCCUUGGAAAGGCAAUCACAACAAUCUUGCUGCACCUAAAGAAUGCUUUUCAGCAGAUGUGGAAAAUUUGGUGUCUUCUACCACUGCUGUUGUCGACAGAAGGGAAUUGAAAAUGAAUAGAAGUGUGGAGAGGUUGCUCCAAAUACAGUCUCGAAAAGAUGUUGAACUUGAUCAGGUAUGGGACCAGUUUGAUGAGGCCAUCGCAGCUGCCCCAAAGUGUGGAAAGUUUGAAAAGAAGCUGAAAGAUCUAAUUAGGGACAUUUAUCAGUAUCUGAAUGAUUUACUGCGAAGGGAACCUGCAAAACAGUCCGCUAUCAGUAAUGCACUGCAAAAGAGAAAUGCAGUGUACAUUCCGCAGUCACAAGAGUUUGUCUCAGGUAGUAAAGUUAUAUUCAACUCCAAGGGUGGAUUUGAGCCACUUCUUUUUGGGCAUCCUUAUGACUGGAGAGACUUCCCUGAUGUCAUGGAAGCUGCUGGUGUUCGAGAAGACUUUGAUAUUGCAGAUUAUAUAAAGGCCCUACAGAAACCACAUCAAACAUACAGCAAAAAAUCACUGCCAUUAUACAUACGUCAAAUUGUGUCUGCAUUACAGCAGAAUAUUGAGGAUGAGGUAAAAAAGGAGAAAGUACCCCUCACAACAAAGCUGAAAUCAAUUGAAGAUAAAAAUGGGCCCAUUUAUUUACCAGAUGAAGAUGGAGUGAUGUCUGAAGCAAAGCAUCUUUGUUUUGAUGAUUGCCCAUGGCUUGAGAAUGAUGAUGAUGACAUGCAUUGUGCACACAAAGAUUUACCAUAUCAUGAUGCUAUAGGCCUUGGUGUUCAGACGAAAAGAGGUGAAAAGCUUAGAAAAUGUUCAAUGGGAAUACCCUUUGGUCAGAAGGAAAAACUUACAAAUAGAAUCAAGAGAAUACUAGAAGGAUACCCCUGUGACCAGGAUAUCCUGAAAGAGCUCCUGCAAAAUGCAGAUGAUGCAAAGGCAACUGAAGUUCACUUUGUUUUAGAUCCCAGAAACCAUUCCACCAAGCUUAUAUUUGAGGAUUGUUGGAAGCCAUUGCAGGGACCAGCUUUGUGCGUUUACAACAAUAGUCCAUUUACUCAAGCAGACAUAGAGGGUAUAAGCAACUUAGGUGAGGGAAGCAAGAGUGAAGAUCCAAACAAAACAGGGCAGUAUGGGGUCGGUUUCAAUGCUGUAUAUCAUCUCACAGAUGCCCCAUCUUUCUUAACCAAAGGACAGGAAAUUGGAGAAACAUUGUGUAUCUUUGAUCCACAUUGUAUUUAUGUGCCAGGUGCUUCUAUUGCAGAGCCUGGAAGGUGUUAUAAUGACAUUCCAAAGUUGAGGAAGGCUUUCCCAGAUGUAUUUGCAAGCUACUUGGAUGACAUGAAAGAAUCUUUUCCAAUGGAGGAAGCUACCUUGUUCCGAUUGCCACUCAGGAAUGAAAACAUGGCCAGACAGUCUAAGAUAAAACCAAGACCUGUUACCAUUCCAGAAAUGCAGUCCCUCAUGGAAACAUUUAGGGGUGAUUUAUUUCUGAUGAUGCUGUUUCUCAAUAACAUAAGGAAAAUAAGUGUCUCAGAAAUAAACAUGUUCACUGGAAAGCUGCAGAACACAUACAGUGUUGAGGCCCAUCUCAGUGCUGAAGAUACACAGGAGCAACAGUCCUUUCUACAGGAAGUGGUGAACAGCUCAGAGAGACUGAAAACACAAGAACUUACAGUGGACCAGUUACGUCCCAUAAAUGUUUCUUUCACCAUGUCCUUAAAAGACAACAAAGGCCGAUUAGAAACAUGGCUUAUCACCCAACAGUUUGGCUUUAGCAAUCCAAGCUCAAUACCUACAACUUUAAAGAAAGCCCUCCAGGACAGAGAGUUGGGGCUUCUGCCACGUGGAGGGGUAGCACAUAUGCUUCAAGCUGACAGAUUACCGAUGGAGAAAUUUAGCCUCAAAAAAAGCAGGGUAUUUUGCUUCCUGCCGCUCCCACUGAAAACAAACCUACCUGUUCAUAUCAAUGGUCACUUUGCACUGGAUCAUGAAGCCAGGAGAAACCUUUGGAUGAACACUGAAAAUACUGAUGUGAAAACUGAGUGGAACAACACAUUAAUAGAGCAAACAAUUGCCCCUUGCUACACCAAUAUGCUUCAGCAAAAAAAGAAUAUUAUUAUGGAAGAGAUCUCUGGAAGUGAUGAGACCCAGAUAAGAAAAUUUUUGAGCCAGUAUUGUCAGCUCUUUCCUCAUAUCCAGCAUCAGGAGAAUUACAUACAUUAUCUGUCUAAAAAGGUAUACCAGUUGACCAGCGAACUUAAUCUGAGGGUUCUUCCACUUUUGCGACAUGCAAGACUGAGUGAGACGGGAUUUAAAGUUGCAUGGUUUACACCUACAGAGGGAGUAUUCUUUGAUGACUUAGAUACCCAGAUUCAGGAACCAGGGUCAAGCUUCAAAGAACCAUCCUCCAGAGAGAUUGUUAGAAGGAUUUUAUGUGAAAGCAAUUUCAAUCUUUUAUGUUGCCCAAUGUCAAUAUAUACAAAUUAUCGGGAAGCAGACAUCCAGGUGAAAACUGUUAGUCCAGAAGCUGUGCUUUGUUUCUUUCAAACCUACCAAAGACCUGACAGGCUGUGUUUUAUUUCAUGCUCAGAUCUUCCUGAAGACAUUGGAAAAACCAUCUUUGGAAAUGUAGACGACCUUGGCACUAUGUUACAGUUUUGCAAGAAAUCUGGCAAUUUUGUGCAGCUACUUGAGGGUUGUCCAUUGCUUGUAACUGAGGACAACAAGCUGAGGAUGUUUAGUUCCAGAACACCCGUCUUCUGUUCACCUUUCUGGGACUUGCUGCCUUCAUAUGCUGCAUCUUUUUGCCAUAGGUUCUUGGAACGUACAUUUUUUUGUACAUACCAAGAAAGGUCAAUUUUCAAAAAAUUCAAGGUAUCAGAUCUUGCAGAAAGGCUACCAUUUGUCUUACCAGAAGUGCUACAAAAUGGAGGUGUAAUCCAUUGGGAUUUGAAGACUCCGUCAAAAGAGUGGAUCCAAUUACUGUGGACAUACCUUCACUCGGAAGUUGGUGCAGUUUCUGACGGCAACAAAAUUAUAUCUUUAUUGAAGCCACUUUCCCAUUGGUGCCUCUUGCCAGUAACUGUAGGGCAAUCAACAUGUUUGCUUCAGGUUUCACGAACCCGUGAAGUUAUGGACAACCGGGAUUUCAUCUUCAGAAGCGGGAUUUUUCAUGUCUUACAAAAGUUGGGUGUUCCACAGCUAGCCUAUGAUAUACUACAACAACAUUCUGAAAAGACUGCACGGGCAAUAAUUAGCAACCCUAGCGAUCCGUGUUCCAUGGUCAUCGCAUUAGAAGGAGUAGCCAAACGACACAACCUAGCAGACAGACUAAAUGUGCAGAAAUGUGAGGUUGUAUUAAGAUAUUUUUGUCAGUAUCUUGAUGUGCUGAAAAGCAAUCCUGAAUUGAAAUGGAAAUUGUGCAGUUUUCCUUUUUUCUUAUCUGCAAAAGAGGAGAUUGUCAGCAUUGAAGGAAAAGAUACUUACAUUGCACCGAGCUCUAUCCCUUUAGAUGGCAUGCAGCUAUUGGAAGGAGGUGAUCAACAUUUGGCCUUCUUGAAACCCAAUGUAAUGUUACAGCCACUCUACACAUGGCUGGGUUGUCGAGUACUCUCUGAGUGUGAAAUGUACUGUGAUUUCAUAUUACCAAUUUUUGAAAUUCUCUCAGAGGAAGAAAGGAUUAAGCACUUAAAGUUCAUAUCAGUCGAAUUACACUAUAGAAGUCUUCAAGGUGAUUGGAAGAGACUGAUUGAUAAACUUUCUCACGUGAAGUUCCUACCUGAUAGCCGGAGUGGAAUUCCUGGCACCCUGUCAACUGCAUCGGCUUUUUAUGAUCCUUACAAUGAAGUUUUUAAAGCUAUGCUUACAGAAGAAGAUUUUCCAUCAGAGCCUUUUAGAUCUCUAGCAAUUUUGUGUUUGAUGCGUGAGAUAGGUUUACAGCAACAAGUCACUUCAGAGAAGUUCAUUGAAUUUGCCAAAGCCAUUGAAAGGGGGGCUAUUUUAGCAUGGAAAAGUAGAAAUAAGACGGCACUCCAAAAGAGAGAAAAUCAGGCACGUGUAGUAGUUACACAUCUUUUAUCAAGGGAGAAUGUAUUUAAUGAUGGUCACUUAUUGCGCAUUAUAAAAGAUAUGGCCUUUCUACCCCAACGUGUUGCUUCAAGCAACCUUCAGAGUCUGUGCCCUUGUGGCAAUAUGGAUGGAGAAACAUUGAGGCCUUUCAUCUGCUUCAAUGGUGCUGUCUUAUACAAGCAGGAACAUGAACAUUUGUCAUGGACAAGUGUAUCAUUCUUGGAACAGUGGGCAGAACCAAGGGACAGAAAAUUGUGUGAAAUACUUGGAGUGAAAGAAAUCCCCUCUUUGGAACAGGUGAUAGACCACUGUUGCAAUGUGUGCCAUAAUUUGGAAGAGAGAGUUGAACUUUUAACAGCAGAACAAUCUGAAUUACUCUCUGAAAUAAUGGGGCAAAUAUAUCAGCACUUGGAAAGAUAUCAAGACAAAGAACAUCCAUAUUGGACUCAUCAGCUGCAACACUUGGCCUGCGUUUUAGUAGAUCUUGAGGAUGGAAAGAGGUUUGUUUAUCCGAGUCAAGUUGCUACCUCGUGUGUGGAAGAAGAAGAAGAAAUAAAGCCUUAUCUUUUUGCUGUGCCUUCACAUUUCACAAGGUGUAAAGAGCUCUUCAAGCUGAUAGGCAGCACAGAUAGACCUUCCUGCUGUCAGUAUGCCACUGUCUUGGAAAUGAUUCAUAAAGAUACUGAAGGGAAGAAACUGGAACCAAAUGAAAAGAAAAAAGUUUUGAAAGCAAUGGGGUUUUUGUUUAAAAAGCUUCGCAGUGGGGAGGAAUGGCCAGAGCAGGUAAAACUGUUAUACUUGCUCACUUCAGCUGGGGAACUGAGGCAAUCCAAGGACAUUAUCUUUAUUGAUAACAUGUCCCAUUUUGACCGACUACAGAAAUUUCCAUUGGAAGAACCCAUGCUUGCUCGUCCUUCUAAGGAAGAAAUUGGACCCGAUGUCCCAUCGUACAGCGAUGUUGCUGAAUUUUUGCCAGAAUGUUUGCGCCUUAGAUAUCUGACUGAUGUUGUUAAAGAGAAACUUCACUCUGAACCAAGUAUCAACAUUCUUCAAGAGCAUCCUGUGAAAUGGAAGAUAAAAUCAGAUUUUUUUUAUCAGGCAGUGAUGCGUCUCUUUCGUCAUGCUGGUAAAACCCAAGGCUUCACUGUCAGUCAGCAGGAUAGUGCUGAGCUACAAGAAAACAUUAAAAACAUCAAACUUCACUUUGCAACAGAACUGACCACUGUUUUAGAAUACAAGGGAGAGGUUUUGUCUGGAAGUGAGAGAACACAGUCAUGCUUCUAUCAAAAAGCCCAUUGUGGACAACAGUCACAUUGUUUUUAUUUAAAAAGCAAUUUUCAAAUGAGCAACUUUUCACUCAGGUUUGUCGAAAUCUUGAACAGUUUAUCUAAAGGGAGGCUGUCAACUUUCCUCCAUCACCUGUGCAGCAUCCUAGAUGAAAAAGUUGCUUUACAAGAGAUUUCGAGAUGUUUGGAUGAUCAGGGCAUUCCCCCAGAUGAUUACUGCUCAGAUACCAGUGUUCUCCCCAUCCCUGGGACUUACCUUCACAUAGAAGACCAGCAUCUGCUUUCUGAGAAUUUUCACCACUUUGAAUGCGGUGAAUACGUAGGCUAUGAAGUAGAGGAUCCAUUGUUGAAGAGUCGUGAGGGUCUUCCAACAUACAUAUAUGCCAUUGUCCUAGAAGAGAUCAAGGAAGAUGUUGACUCUCAAACCUCAGAUGUGCUAAGAAGAUACAAAAUAAGAAUUGGGAGUGAAGAAGAGGAUGUCUUUGUUGUGACGGCAAAUGACUUGUACAAAUUUAAACGCACACCAAAAGAUGACUCAAAGGAUGUUGUUCUUUAUGAUAAAACUCCAACUGAGGAUGACUUCACUCCAACAUGUCUGGAGGACAUUAAGGAAGAUAUCACAAAAACACUGUAGGCUGCGUGGAAACUUGAUGAAAAUGAGAGGAAAAAAGUCAUCAAGAGACUCCUCCGAAAAUAUCACCCAGACAAAAACCUUGGCCAAGAAGAUAUUUGCAAUGAAGCAUGCAAAUUCAUACAGACUGAAAUAGCUAGACUUGAACGAGGUUCGCAAGAAACGUCUUCAUCCUCAACUGAGACAACUGCUGCAUCUUCUGGUCCUAUAUGGUCACAUAGUACACGUAGUACUGGUAGGUCAUAUUCUACUCAUGGUACUGGUACCCAGUCACACACUACAUAUGAAGAUGUAUUUGAGCAAUUUUUCACCAGAAUGGGGCAACGUGCCAGACAGGAGAGAGAAUGCCAUGACAGGUAUUAUUCCAGCGGGAGUCAUGGUAGUGACAGCAGGACGUAUGGUGGAUUCUGGGAAACUCGUAAGAAUCCCCAACCCUACAAGGCUUCCAGAUGGUUCCGCCAGGCCCAGUGGGAUUUCAAAGCAGUCUCCAAUGACACCAGAGAGCCAUUCCAGAGCUAUGAGUGGGCUUGCUUCAAAUGCCAUCAGUCAGCAGAAAAAGCACUGAAGGCUGCACAGUUUGCCAUCGAUGCCAAUCUGAAAAACAACAGUCACGACCUGCCUAUAAUGGCUGACACUCUUAACCUUGCAGACAAUUGCUCAACUAUUUCACAGCGGUCCAGACGACUCCAGUCCCUGCUUACACAUUCCACUGCCAUGCGCUAUCCAGACAGGUGUCAUGGUCUACCACAUGAGGUCUACAACAUGGACACAGCAACAAAAGCUGUGGACAUCACCAGCCAACUGCUGACUGAGAUCAAGACAUUGUUGACAGAGAAAGGCGUGCCAAUGGACAGAACAAUGUAAAUUUCUUCUCUUUUUAUGUUACUAAUCAAUGCAAAUUUCUUUUACUUUGAGAACAUUUGCUUUGCAGGAUAUUUUACUGUCAAGUUACAGGAUUGCUUCAACAUGAUGAACAUGGGUGUGUUGAGAAUUAUUGUCUUGGGGGAAAAUGAAACUAAUUUUGAAUUGUGUACUUUGGAUAGGUUUCAUAUUGCGCUACAGGUAUAUAUACAGAACAAUUCCUAUGACAGAAACAUUUUUUUCUUUAUUGAAAAGAUGGAUAAAAACAUCUUCAUUGUAAAUAAAAAUUUUGCUCUUUGGUUUUAUUGCCAUAUGCAUGUUUUAGUAUAUAUACUGAAAAAAUGUAAAAAGAUUUUUCUUGGAGUUUGAAGUGAACCUUAGAUUGUAUAUACAGUGUAAAACAGAGUGAACAUACAUGUUUAGGUAAUCCAUGAAAAACAUUGUGUAUUUUGGAUAGGUUUCAAAUUGGACUAUAGGUAUAUAUACAGGAAUUUUUUUUCUUUAUUGAAAAGUUGGAUUAAAACAUCUUCAUUGUAAAUUACAUUUAAUUUUCUUUUUGCUUUUAAUGCCAAAUACAUGUUUUAGCAUACUGAAAAAAUGUAUAUCGAUUUUUAUUGGAGUUUGAAGUGAGUCUUAGUUUGUAUAUAUACAGUUUAAAAAAGAGUAAACAUACAUGUAGUUGUAGUCUUAGGUAUCUUUUUGCUGAUAAGGUGGCAAUUUAAGUGAUAUAAAAUAUUUGUACAUACAUACAUUCAUGGUGUAUAUAUAUAAUAUGCUUUUUGAACUUUUUAUUACUGUUGUAUACUGUAUAUAUAUAGGCUGGGUACAGUAUAUUUCCACUUUGCAUCAGUCACAUCUGAAACCAGACCAGGUGAUGUACAGAGCAGUAAAAGAACAAUGCCAUUAGAAGACAAUAUGCAUGUUAUUAUUUUUUUAUUCAGAAUUUGUUUCUAAAUAAUUUUUCCUUUUUUCAAUUUUGAAAUUCAUCAAAGUUCUAGAAACCACAUUAUAUUGUAGAGGAAAGUCAGUUAACAAACUUUUGAAAGAAAGCAUGACAGUUGGCAUUUGUAUGUAGAUUGAUUUCUUUUGAUACAUUUUAUCACAGAAUUUUGCCACUGUUAUGAGAAAAGAAAUUUGAUGUGCAUAUUCAUGCAAACAAUAUAAUAUGCAGGUAUUUUGCUGGUAGCUAGUAGAAAAUGUAAGCUGUGAAAUAUUAGAAAAUUUAGAUAAAUUGCAGCAAAUGUGCUUUGCAGGGAUAUGAAGAGGUAUCCUUGCAGAUCAAUGUGCAUGCAUUUUUUAAUUUAGAAAAAUCAAGUAAUUGUGUCUAUUUCUUAUGCUGUUAAUAUAUGCUGCUAGUUUUACAUCAAUUACAGGAAAAUGCGAUGAAAAAAUUUCUAGAGUAUAUGGUAAUGCUUAAUAAUGUAUAGUUACUUAAAUAAGCAUUAUUUGUUUCAAUAUAUUGCUUAAGAGUAAGCAGGCUCUAUGGCAAUUAAGUAAGAUUUGAAAUGUAAGACUUCCAUCGAUUGCAGUGAGCACCCUCUGCAAAUACAAACACCAGCGUAACACAUGCACGUUAUGCAAAGUGACAAUUUUUCAUAGAACAUAGUUCAUUGUUUUAAAAAUGAAAUGUGGUAACUUGACUGGAACUGAUUAAGGCUGUAGUUUAAAAGGAUUUUGGUUGUUGUUCCCUACAAAUCUAAAACGAAUUUUUAAAUUAUAGAGGGAUCACAUUUAAGAUUAUAAUGCAGUGUAUGGCAGAUGCUGAUGUUAGAAGAAUGUGUAUAUAAUAAGUGAACCACAUUCUUCUAACAUCAGCAUCUGUAUAUAUAAAAAAUAAGAUAUGUAUAAUUUCAGUUAGUAAGCAUGCUAGUAAGCAGUAUGCGAGGGUAGGGAAUACCUUUUGCAUUCUGUGUGAUUGGACUUAUUUUUUCAGUGUGAUAAGUUAUUUGAGCCCAAUAUUAUGUGUGGUAUAAGAUUCAAGAAUUUUUGGUGAUUGGUGAUUGGCCUGAAUAUAUCUUGGUGAUUGGUGAUUGAGCUAUUUUAAUCUUGGUGAUUGGUGUUU